UGUUAAUAUCACACAUGUUCCACCCUCUUUUAUGUAGGUGAAAAUUUGUGAUAUGCAGAUGCGUGGCACACCACGAGACUUACUUCCAGGAGAUCCCAUUUGUAGCCCAGUAGCAGCAGUGCUGGCUGAGGCCACUAUCCAGCUUCUCCGUAUCCUUCACCGAACAGACCGUUGGACUUACUGCAUUAACAAAAAAAUGAUGGAAAGGCUGCAUAAAAUUAAGAUAUGUAUUAAAGAGUCAGGUCAGAAGCUGAAGAAAAGCCGCUCAGUUCAGAGCCGAGAAGAAAAAUGAAAUGAGAGAGGAAAGGGAGAACAAAGAGGAUGAGAAAGGUAAACAUAAUAGGCAUGGCCUUGCUGACCUCUCAGAACCACAGCUGAGGACUCUUUGCAUAGAGGUGUGGCCUGUGCUGGCAGUGAUAGGAGGAGUUGAUGCUGGUCUUAGAGUUGGAGGUCGGUGUGUUCACAAGCAAACUGGACGCCAUGCCACGCUGCUGGGAGUGGUCAAAGAGGGCAGCACUUCUGCCAAGGUCCAAUGGGAUGAAGCAGAAAUUACCAUCAGUGAUACUCCUUUGUAUAACCUGGAACCCUGUGAACCACUGCCGUUUGAUGUGGCGCGAUUCCGAGGCCUGACAGCUUCUGUGCUGCUGGACCUAACAUAUCUAACAGGCAUUCAUGAAGACAUGGGAAAACAGAGCAUCAAGCGACAUGAAAAGAAACACCGUCAUGAGUCUGAGGAGAAGGGGGACAUUGAGCAGAAACCUGAGAGUGACUCUGCUUUAGAUGUGCGAACAAGCAUAACAUCUGAUGAUGCCAAAAGUCAGGGUACCACAAGCUCCAAAUCAGAAAAUGAAAUAGCUUCAUUUUCUUUAGAUCCAACGCUGCCAGGUGUGGAAUCCCAACACCAAAUAACAGAAGGAAAAAGAAAAAAUCAUGAACACGGUUCUAAAAACCAUGACAUAGUCCAAUCAGAAAUAAGGGCCGUCCAGCUGUCCUAUCUCUACCUCGGUGCUAUGAAAUCACUUAGUGCUCUUCUUGGCUGUAGUAAAUAUGCUGAGCUAUUGCUGAUACCAAAAGUUCUUGCUGAAAAUGGCCACAACUCAGACUGUGCGAGCUCUCCAGUUGUUCAUGAAGAUGUGGAGAUGCGUGCAGCCCUACAGUUCUUGAUGCGACACAUGGUGAAGCGAGCAGUCAUGCGGUCGCCCAUAAAGAGAGCAUUGGGAUUAGCUGAUCUGGAACGAGCUCAAGCCAUGAUUUAUAAAUUAGUGGUUCAUGGGCUUUUGGAAGACCAGUUUGGGGGCAAAAUUAAGCAAGAUACUGAUCAACAAGCUGAAGAAAGUGACCAAGCCCAGCAGGCGCAGACACCAGUUACCACUAGCCCAUCAGCCUCAAGCACAACUUCCUUUAUGAGCAGCUCCCUUGAAGACACCACAACUGCCACCACUCCGGUCACUGACACAGAAACAGUGCCUGCAUCUGAGUCCCCAGGAGUGAUGCCACUUAGUCUUCUCAGGCAAAUGUUCUCUAGUUUCCAACCACUAACUGUACUUCCACACGUCGUGCGCAGACUCCUCCAAUAUCAUCAUUACCAACUUCUCCUUCUGAUGAAGUAG